AUGCAUUUCCUUUCAAAUACUCUUCUUUUGCAAUAUCAUCUAUAUAGUUUGUCUGGACACACAAUAGAUUCAGUGAGCUUUGAUUCUUCAGAAGUCUUGGUAGCUGCAGGUGCUGCAAGUGGUACCAUCAAGCUUUGGGAUUUGGAGGAGGCAAAAAUUGUUCGGACUUUGACUGGCCAUAGAUCCAAUUGCAUCUCUGUGGACUUCCAUCCCUUUGGUGAGUUUUUUGCAUCUGGUUCUCUUGAUACGAAUCUCAAGGUAUGGGAUAUCAGAAAGAAAGGGUGUAUCCAUACAUACAAGGGCCAUAGUCGAGGAGUCAAUGCAAUCAGGUUUACACCAAAUGGCCGAUGGGUUGUAUCUGGCAGUGAGGACAACAUUGUGAAGGUUUGGGAUUUGACUGCUGGAAAAUUGUUGCAUGAUUUCAAGUAUCAUGAAGGCCAAAUUCAGUGCUUAGAUUUCCAUCCCAAUGAGUUUCUACUUGCUACAGGUUCAGCUGAUCGGACUGUUAAAUUUUGGGACCUUGAAACCUUUGAGCUUAUUGGUUCAACUGGGCCUGAGACUACUGGAAUCCAUUGUUUGACCUUCAAUCCUGAUGGGAGGACUGUACUCUGUGGAUUGCAUGAAAGUCUAAAGGUUUUCUCAUGGGAACCAAUAAGAUGUCAUGAUGGUGUGGAUGUGGGGUGGUCUAGAUUGUCAGAUCUUAAUGUUCAUGAAGGGAAGCUUCCUGGCUUCUCAUAUAAUCAAAGCUGUGUUGGAGUUUGGGUUGUAGACAUCUCGGUAUUGCUCACGAAUAGAGCCUUUUCUAUUCCUAAUGCUAAUAACGUGAAUGGUCAUUCUGAACCUAAAUCUUGUUCCGGUGGAACCCUCUCUGUACUGAAUGAGAACACAACAAAAGCUAAUAUGGGAAGGUUAUCAGUUUCACAAAAUCCUGAUGCUUUAGUGAAGGAAACAAAAUCCUUGGGAAGGUUAUCCAUUUCACAAAACUCAGAUCCUGUUAAGGAGUCCAAAAAUUUGGCAUCAUUUCUCAAGUUAAAAUGUCUAUGUAUUCAUGCUGAACCAGAGCACUUCGUUUCAGAUGAUUCACAGGUUGAUAUAGUGCACAAUUCCGUAAAGUCUGAACUCACUACCUUGGUCAAUACUUCAGGAAGAACACACCCAGUAGUUAUAAAUUGGUUGAAAAGAGGGAGGCCUUCUAAUUACGACGGACCUACGGGGAAUACAUCUAUGUCAAAUAUGUCUUCAUUCAAUUCGUAUAAACAAAGAGGAUACCAUCCCUCUGUGGAAAAAGAAAUGCCUUCUGCCAAUGAUGAGGAUGCUGUUGCAGAUGUAAUGGAGCAGCAUGAUCAAUUCAUUGGUUCCAUGCAGUCUCAUUUAUCUAAGUUACAGGUUGUGCAUCGAUACUGGGAAAGGAAUGACAUAAAGGGUGCAAUCAGUGCAAUGGAAAAGAUGGCUGAUCAUGCUGUGCUUGCUGAUGUGUUGAGCAUUGUCACUGAGAAAAUAGACAUUGUCACAUUGGACAUAGGCACUUGUCUUCUUCCCCUUCUGUCGAGUUUCCUUGGAAGUGAGAUGGAUAGGCAUUUGAGCAUCAGUCUCGACGUCCUGCUUAAGCUGGUCAGAUUAUUUGGUUCAAUGAUAUAUUCGGCAUUAUCUGCUUCAACGCCUGUUGCUGUAGACAUCGAGGCAGAGCAAAGGUUUGAACGUUGCAACCUCUGCUUUAUAGAACUUGAAAAAGUAAAGCGCUGUCUGCCCAAGGUUACCAGAAGAGGGGGAUCAGUGGCAAAAUCUGCCCAGGAAUUGAAUCUAGCACUUCAAGAAGUGUCAUAAUGGGAACCAAC